AUGUCUGAAUCUACCCCCCGUAUCCUUGUUACUGGAGCCACUGGAUACAUCGGCGGCUCUGUUCUCAGCGAGAUCCUCCAAAGCCCAGCUGUUGAAGCUGGGUCAGUCUCAGCUCUCGUCCGUCGCCCCGACCAGGCUGAGGUUCUCCUUGCUCAUGGCGUAACGCCCGUUCUUUUCAAACACCUCGAUGACCUUGAGACUAUGGAGAAAGUCGCUAGGGAUUUCGAUGUCGUGAUCAACUGCGCGAACGGCUUUCACGCGAGUUCUGCAGUUGCCCUCAUCACAGGCCUUAGCAAGCGCAAAGAGAAGACUGGAAAACAGGUCCAUUUCAUUCAUACCUCGGGAACUUCCAAUCUCGGCGACUAUCGCAUUAGCGGCAAAUACAAGGAAAACCGCAUCUUCACCGACAAGGAUCACAUCUUCGCAUACGAAAAGUAUCGUGAGGACAUGGAAACAUAUCCGCAGCGCACAACGGACAUUGCAGUCGUCGAAACCGGUCUCGCAACUUCUGUGCGCACCUACAUCAUCAUGUCGCCAACCAUCUACGGUUUCGGUAGCGGGUGGUUUAACACUAUCUCCAUCCAGAUCCCUGCUCUUAUACGAACGGCCAUCGAGAAGGGUCAUGCAGAGGUCGUCGCUGCAGGUAACGCAAAAUGGAACAGCGUGCACAUUGCGGACCUUGCGCUGCUCUAUGAGAUUCUGCUCCGCGGGGUGCUCGAAGGGAGGAAGCUUGCGUAUGGUUCUCAAGGGAUUUAUUUCUCUGAGACUGGUGAACAUUCGUGGCUGGACCUCGCGGAAGGGGUUGCAAAGGCGGGCUUUGAGCUUGGGGUCUUGGAGGCGCCCGCGCCCGUGAGCAUUACCUUGCAGCAGUCAGCGCAACAGUGGGGAAAGGGCUCGCUACAGUAUGGUGAGCUGGGAUGGGCUUCAUCGUCCCGCACUCGGGCGGUCAUGAGUCGCGAAAUCGGAUGGAAACCGACCAAGGGGAGAAGAGACUUUGAGGAGAACUUCUCGGAGGAGUUUCAACUGAUUUUCAACAGAAGCAAGAAGCAGUAG